AUGAUCAGAGCAAGGAGAGAUGCUCAACUAGGAAUUCCCCCGGGGGAUCCCAGAUAUGGGCCCUCAAUCGGACGAUCUAGAUAUCGUGAACGAAGAUCCGGCUAUCCACCACAACUGUACGGCCCACCGCAAAAUGAAUACACAUUCCAGCAGCAGCAAUACAAUCAACCUCAGCGGUACGAUCAUCAGUAUGUCAACCCGCAGCCAAAUUGCCCACAACAACCAUUCGAUGCCAGGCAAGCGUACGGCCAGCCGCAGCAGUAUGGGAGUGAUGGUCGUUAUUCACCGCCACCCAACGGGCUCUAUCCUGGGAGCCAAGGAGCACCCCCGCCGAGUCAACUGUACACAGCGCAGAUCCCCCAGAUUCCACCACCGCCAUCAAACAGGCCUCAGGUGUGUGUUAUUCCUCAAAUAAUGCAUAAAAGAUUCAGCGGCGAGAAUAUGAGUCCAUUUGUCCGCGUACGCGUGCCGCAGUUGGAGCAACAGAUAUCUUCCCACGAGCUUAUCAUUUUCAUCGAUGAGUUGAACGAAGCUUUCCUGGCAAAUCCCGCCCUCCAAGCAACCAAUCAGGCUGCUAAUAUUGCCGGCAUGGCUCCCUCGAUGAUUGUUCAGUUGGUCGGCGUUGGUGUCAAUGUGGCAGCUGGAAUCAGCUCAACCGUCACCACCAAGACGCGCACGAAGAAAUACCUCGCCAAGGCUAAUAAGGAGCUCUUUCAUGCAAGGGGCUUGCAUGUGCAAAUGUGCAAAACGGACAAGAUGCUUGAGUAUGCUGGCUUAGGCGGCCAGGAAAAUGUCUUCCUUCGACAACAGUAUAGAGAGUCGACCGAGCAUGCGAUGCAGAUGCGAAUCCCGAUGAAUGGUCCAAUGGGGUCUGCGGAGACCGCUAAUCAUCCUAUCAUGCACCGUAUGGCUGCGCUGGGGGACCGAGUGAUGCCACUUUCGUUCGAUUAUGUCGAGGCAGCAACCAAGCCUGAAGGUUUUUGGAAGAAGUGGGGUGCAAAGGAAGCCACUAAAGCGGAUCAGAAACAGAUGGAAAAGAUGAUGAAAGAGCAAGCUAAGGAAGAGCGGAGAUCAGGCAGAGGAGGAGGUCGACUCAGCUCGAGGAGACAGGAGAGGCAGGGGAAGAAGAAGGCGAAGGAGGCUAAUAAGAUCUUGUGGAUUGUCAUUGCUCCAAAGGCAAACCAAGCAGGAGGGGAUGAAGAGUGGGAUUCUGGGUCCGAUUCAGACGACUCUGGAAGCCACAAGCAUUGA